AUGUCCUCAGCCAACCAGGAUGAGCAAGGCGUCCAAGAUACGCAAACCCAAGUAAAUCACCCGGCGAUAUCGCCUACAGAGCCGCAAUGUUCAACGUCACCUAGAAGAGAUUCUGGCACUUGCCUCUCGCGCCUUCAACGAUGCAAGAAGGCGUUACUCAAGUUCUUAUCCUUCAUCGGCCCAGGCUUCAUAAUAGCUGUCGCUUAUAUUGAUCCUGGAAACUACUCAACAGACAUCGCCGCCGGAGCCUCUUACCGCUUCAAGUUGCUCUUCAUUGUCUUGUUGUCUAAUCUCUUUGCAAUCUUUCUCCAAAGUCUCGCAAUCAAGCUCGGCACUGUCAGUGGACUUAACCUAGCCGAAGCCUGUCGAGCAUUUCUGCCGCGGUGGCUUAACAUCAUACUGUACAUAUUUGCUGAAAUCGCCAUCAUCGCGACCGAUAUCGCCGAGGUAAUCGGCUUCGCAAUUGCACUGAACCUUCUUUUUCCAAAAGUCCCUCUUGUCGCAGGGUGUGCCAUCUCCAUCGCAGAUGUCAUGGUGAUUCUACUCUUCUACAACCCUGAUAAGUCCAUGCGAGGUCUGAGGAUGUUCGAGUACUUUAUUCUGUUCCUGGUUAUGGGAGUUGUGGUAUGUUUUUGUAUUCAGUUGUCGUUGAUACAAAACACUUCAGUUGGCCAAGUCUUCAAAGGCUAUUUGCCAUCGAAAAGUAUCGUUGAGCAACAAGGAUUAUAUCAGGCAUGCGGUAUCCUAGGCGCGACAGUCAUGCCACAUAGCCUUUACCUAGGCUCAGGCAUUGUCCAGCCUCGUCUACGCGAGUAUGAUGUCAAACGAGGGCUAGUGCCUCCACGCCCAUCCCCAAGUAGUACAUCCGACAACCAAAUCUCGGAAAAGACCUACUACAUCCCUUCGCUUGAAGCUAUACAAUCCUCACUCAGGACUUCCAUCGCUGAACUCGCCAUCGCCCUAUUUACGUUUGCACUCUUUGUUAAUUCAGCUAUUCUAAUCGUUGCCGGUGCGAGCUUAUACAAGAACCCAGACGCCGUUGACGCCGAUAUCUUUAGCAUACACGAUCUCCUCGCAUCUUCAAUCUCCCCUGCGGCGGGAAUCCUGUUUGCACUGGCCCUGCUGUUAUCUGGCAUUACGGCAGGUAUUGUCUGCACUAUUGCCGGUCAGAUGGUCAGCGAGGGUACUCUUAACGUCAAGAUGCGUCCCUGGUUACGACGAUUGAUGACAAGAAGCAUCAGUAUCACACCAAGUAUCAUUAUCGCUGGUGCAGUAGGCCGGUCCGGUCUGAACGCUGCCCUCAACGGCUCACAGGUGGCGUUGAGUAUCGUGCUUCCCUUUGUUACAGCGCCUCUUAUUUACUUCACGAGCAGGAAUAAGUUCAUGACCGUUAGAUCUGGCCCUGCACGACUGCAAGUUGAAGGACAACCAACGUUGAUGGCAGGGCAAAGGAAUGACGGGGAGGAUGUGAAGAUGCGGAAUGCAUGGUAUACGACGGCUGUCGCAGUUGUAAUAUGGCUGAUCAUUGCUAUUAUGAAUGUCGCUAAUCUGGUGUUGCUUGGCAAGGGCCAGUAG